AUGCCGCGACCAAUAUCUUUGGGUCUUACUGCUAGCCAGCCAAGACGAGAUCAUGGCGACAGCAGUACUCCAUCGCCGACUCCAACUGUGAAGAAGGCGAAGUCCAGGUUAAGCAGGCUCUUACUCCAUCGCAAGAGUUUCGAUUCGGAAGACGACAACCACACUCGCAACAAGAAAGCCGACAGCAGGAAGACCAAGUCGUUGAAUCGUCGGACCAUGGCCGCCCAGCCUGUUGGUGGCGGAGUUCGCGACAUUCGAUGGGAUCCAUUGCCACAACGUCACCAACACGAUCCCCAUAAGCUAAGCAUGGUAUCUGAGCGCGAAGAACCGCUAGAGCCGAUACAUCCCAGAGCUGUUGUCACAAGGACGACAAUCUGUGAAGUACCUCGACCGGAGAUCAGGCCUGGUUCACGACCCGAAUACCGGCCGGACUCUGCGAAGUCAUCAAUAGUAAAGUUCACCAGUGCCACGACAAGCAAGCACGACAGCAUGCUCACAGAUUAUUCCGAGCUCUGUGCUAUUCCCACCGACGAGGCGGAGGAGCAGAACGAAUUGCAACGAAGUUUGCGACAAAUUCACGAGUUGCCAUCGACGGCCUUCUCGCGAGGGCACAGCCGUACGCCAUCAUCCAGUGCUCCGAUCCCUUGUUCGCCUUCUGGAUCUGGGCUGGAGAGCUCAGCAAGUUCCCUCUACUCCGAUGCGGACGAAAACAUAAGGCCAGUCUCGCCUAUUGCAAUUCAAGCUCUGGAUUUUGUACCACAGGUGACUGCAAUGGAUGUCGCAAAUCUACCAGACUUCUCUUGCGUGCCCAAUGCAAUGCGUCGCAAACAUCAAUCAGAAGCCGCUUCGGUCAUUACUUUCCAAGGUUCCGGGGAUGUCGUCACUGACUGGCAAGUCGAAUGCUAUCGUCUUCGAAAGCAGCUCAAAGCGGUCGAGCUUCAACUACGAUACAAGGCUGAAUUGCUCGUGAGCGAGCAGAGCCGUGUCAAAGCCGCCGAGGCUGAAGUGGCAAGAACCAAGACUGAACUCCAGCUCGUUCGAGGAGAAGCCCAGCUGCUCCGGGUAUCCAACGGCCUGAAGCAUGACGAGACUUGUGCACUGAAAGCUGAACUCGACUCCAUGCAGAACGGCGAUCAGACCAAGAACAAGGAGUUGACGUUCAAGCUUCGGGCCAUGGCCGAACGGCUUUCUCUUGAGGAGGACGCCGUUGCUGACAAGGACCUUCGCAUCAAGUGGUUAGAGAAAGAACGAGAAGAGCUCGAGCGCGAAAACCAGGUGCUGAAGAACGUUAAAGGCGCCUUGUGGGGCCACAUGGAGCAAGCUCGCAAACGCGACUCACCGACCGCGCCUUCUGUUCCCGAAGGCCAGCCACAUUGGUGGAUAUGA